AUGAAAUCAAAUUCAGUAGAAAAGAAAUGUCAGUCCGUUGCGGUCGGAUUUAAUCCGCGUGCAAUUAAUAAUUUACGAUUUUAUUAAUUUGUGGCGUGUAAACAUUUAGAUCUCUUAAUACAAUUUUUGAUAAACUGCUGUGUUUAUUAAAAUUUUGGUUACAUAUUCGUGCGCGUCAAGUUGAACGGGUGAUGCCGACAAGGAGUCCCCGAAUGGAUCGAUAUCGGUGACUUAGUGUCAGGAGGAGUAAAUAAACGAGACGAGGGUGUUAGAAGAUGGAGAAGUCUGCCCGGCCAAGAACUGCACUUAACGAAUGUGUGAAAGUGGUAGUACGAUGCAGACCUCUCUCUGAACGUGAAAAAAAGGAAGGCUACGACGAGGUUAAGAAAUCACGUCAAGAACAGAAAUGGUACGAGCGUCUCUCCUCCAGGAACCCCGUGGACAACAAAAAGUUCCAAGGACCAGUACAGGUGGUGAAAGUAUGGCCGGAGCGCGGGGCAGUCCAGGUGUACAACCCGAAGGGCCAGGACAAGCUGUUCACUUACGACGCCGCCUACGACAGCUCGGCCGACACGCAGACCAUAUACGACGAGAUGGUACGUCCCCUGGUCGCGUCGGUACUGGACGGAUUCAAUGGCUGCGUGUUCGCUUACGGACAGACGGGCACCGGCAAGACGCACACGAUGGAGGGUACCCCCGACCACGAGGGAGUCAUCCCGCGAGCCUUCCGACACAUAUGGGCGCACAUCGAGAAUAACGCCUCUCCUGACGUCACGCAUCUGGUAUCCUGCUCCUACGUCGAACUGUACUUAGAGGAUGUACGGGAUCUGCUAUCGAAGGACUGCAAGAAACUGACCAUUAGAGGACAGGAGCUGAACGGUUUCUACAUCCCGGAGAUGACGUCAAUUGUGUGCAAGUCCGCGGCGGAGAUGGUGCGCGUGAUGCGAGCCGGCAACAAGCACCGUGCCGCCGGCCGCACCGACAUGAACGAGCACUCGUCCAGAAGCCACGCCGUGUUCCUCGUCACCGUCGAGACGGCCCACAGGAAGACUAAUCGAAUACGCGUGGGCAAGUUGAACCUCGUGGACCUGGCGGGAAGCGAGCGGCAGUCCAAAACGGGCGCCUCCGCGGACAGACUGCGCGAGGCUUCCCGCAUCAACCAGGCCCUCUCCUCCCUAGGAAACGUCAUCUCCGCGCUCGCAGAGAACAGCCCCCACGUGCCGUACAGGGACUCGAAGCUGACUCGGAUUCUGCAGGACUCGCUGGGCGGCAACAGCAAGACCAUAAUGAUCGCGAACAUCGGGCCCGCCUCCUACAACUACGACGAGACCGUCACCACGCUGCGGUACGCGCACCGCGCCAAAGCGAUAAAGAACAAGCCCGUCCGCAACGAGGACCCGAAGGACGCCAAGCUGCGCGAGUACCAGGCCGAGAUCGAGCGACUCCGCGCGCUCAUCGAGCAGAGGAAGCUCAUCGAGAAGCGGCCCAGGAAGCCGCGCCCCGCCAGGCCGCACCCCGACAACGCAGCGGAAGACGACACGCUCAGUAUAGAGAACGAGAACAUUCUAGCGGAAUCUACGAUAGAACAAGAAAAAGUAAAGACUGAAGAAUUGGAGCAACAGAUUCGAUCGCUGGAGGACCGGCUCGUGCAGGGCGGUGCGGGGAAGGACCUCAUCAACAACCUCAACGAGAGCCAAAUUAUACUAGAGCAGAGGAACCUCGAGAUCGCGGAGAGGAAGAACAGAGAGGUGGAGAUGCAGCAGAAGAUAGAGCUGGAGGAGGAGACCGCCGCCAUCGUCACCAACACGUUCGCGACCCUGCAGCAAGAGGUCGACCACAAGACGCAGAGGUUGAAGAAGUGCCUGUCGAAGUACGCGGGGCUGCGCGAGGAGAUGGUGGAGCAGCGCGAGGCGCACGACGCGGAGCGGCGCGAGCGGGAGGCGCUGCAGGCCGCGCUGGUGGGGGCGCUGCGCCGCCGCCUGCUGCUCGCCGACAGCUUCGUGCCGCUGGCCGGCCGCCCCGCCGCGCUGCGGGCGCGCUACGACGACGACCGCGACGUGUGGGACCUCGCCCCCCCCGCGCCCCUGGAGCCGCUGCUCGAGCGGCCCCGCGCCCGCCCCCGCGCCCCCCCGCGCGCGCUGCUGGCGCUCGCCCCCCUGCCGCUGCCGCCCACCACGCGCCUCUACGUGCCGCCGCAGAACGCUCCGUCCGCAGUUGCAGUUCGCAGGGAACCGGAGCCGGAGAGCACUGCGGGGGCGGGGGGCGGCGGGCGGGCGCGGCGGUCGGGGCGGCCCUCUCGCGCCGAGCCCCGCGCCGCACCGCGGCCCCCCGCACCCCGCCCCGCCCCCCGCCUUGGGACCGCCGGGGUGCGGUAGGCGGGACUAAGCCUCUAACUACUCAUGUACAACAAUCGGUUUCUGAAUUAAAUGUGAGAAAUGCCCAUCCCAGCCACUGUGUACUCUUGUGUAACUUAACAAAGUGUUCGUACAUUUUUACACAAUAAGUGGCUCUUACUCAUUAAUACAACAAAAUUUAAUUAUAACCAAGAGCUUUCUCAUUACAGAAAUUGUUUGUGUACGUACAAAAAUAAUUAUUGUAUCAUAAAAAUUUUGGACCGAUGUUGAAAAGUCUGAUUCACUUGUGUUAUAAAUAUAAACUGAUACAUUAUAAAACUGAAAUAAAUCUAAAGUGGUAAAUUAUGAAUUAAAUUAAGGUAUAAAUUACAUUACUUACAAGUAAUGAAAUUUAUAUUAACUCAAUUUCGACUUUAGAGAUUGAACAUUCAAUGUGUUAAAUAUUUUAGGUAUUAAGAUUUAUAUUUGUCAAAAUAAAACGGAUCACUGAAGGUAAUCCGUUUUCGUCGCGAUUCGUUCUCCUAAGUCUACCGAUGAUAUGUUUGUAUCAGUCAUGAACCUAUUGAGGCCACCAAAUAUCACUAGCACUUCUCAAACAAUAUUCAUAAAAUGGGUUUUGUGAUAUGAUGUUCGUGUCACAAGCCAAUAAAUUAAUCCAGAUAAAGUUUCACUAGAAGAAAUAAAAGCAUAUAAUUAUAUGUUGCAAAUUUCAAGAUUAAUCAAAGGUAUUGCUUUGCUUUCCUUAUGGAAGUUUUAUCACUUGCAUUGCACUUGAGCGGCAAGAAUGCUGUUAUUUAAGUUAAAGAUACUAUAUAAUAUUCAUUAAAUUAUAUCCUUGCUUUUUAUAGCACAAUGGUCACAAAGCAGACAUGAGAUGGGGAUGGAUGACUUUUGAUGAUCUCAUUUAAGUUAAUUUCCAGUAUUUAGAACAGCAAAUAUGCUUUCUGUAUUAUUUAUUUCAAUUUACAGUUCAUAAAAUUAUCUAUUCCAAUGAAAUUUAUUGUGUCCAUUCACAAUAAACUCUUAAUUCUUAGGUCUCAAUGAGUGAGGUCCUGUGACAGCUGAAAACAUUCUUUUUUUAAACCGAAUUUUUGUUUUAGUCAAUUUUAGGUUGUCAUAUUGUUUUUAAAUAUUAUUUUACUUGUUAUUGUUUUAUUGUAAUAGUUUUAUUUUGAGCUUCAAUUGUUGAGUGUUUAUUGGAGCAAGUGAUAUUAGAUAAUUUACUAUAAUAAAAUUUGUACUAACAUAACGAUUGCAUAAUGUAAUUGUGUUUUUCUUUGUCUUACGUUUCUGAUAUCUGCUACAAUUGUGCAAUCGGCAAUGUUUUAGCAUUAUUUUAUAAAUUUGUAUUAAGGUAUAUACUGAACUCUCUUAUAAAUCAUGAUGUUUCCAAAGUAUGUAAUUCAAAAUGGUUACAUUAUAAAUGUUCAAACAUGUUACCAAAGACAACUCAUUCCACUGUUAACAUGCAUCCUUUUGCGAUCAUCAAAAAUUUCAGUUCCAAUUUUUCUAGAUGCAGUUUCUAGUCAUUGUUUCUUGUAAACAAAAAAUUGUAAAUAUAAUUUAGGUACCUAUUUAAAUAGAGGAGUUGAGUGUAGACACCUAAAUAUUCGCACAACACUUAUUGAUUACAUUAAGCUUUUAAAGAAUAUAUUAUUUUAAAUAUACGAGAUACCAGUUUAAAAGUAACGAUUUGACAAUUAUCGUUUUACUGUACUAAAAGUAAUGAGGUUUUAAAAAUGUAUUUAUUUUUUAGAAAUCAAAUAAAGCCAUUUGUAACUUAUUUUAUGCAGUAACUAGGUGAUGUGCUGUUCGGUAUUUAUUGGCUUUAUUUUAGGAAUAUUCAAAUUGAGAAUGAAGCUGAGAAUUAUGUGAUAUGUUAUUUGAAAACCGCUAGUCAGCUGUGCUGCGUACACGCUUAUACCUAC